AUGGACAAAGAUUUGAGCCAGAUCCUGUUCCUGGUGCUGCUUCUCUGUCACAAAGUCAACACUCAAACUUGUCCAUACAACUGCCAAUGUUUUACUUCAGUCCAAAUACUGUGUGCUGAUGAGCGGAUCACAUUUUUACCCACAAAUAUUUCCAGGGAGGUCAAAGACUUUAUUGUAAUUAGAUCAGCCGUAUCGUACCUGUACCCUCACACUUUAGAGAAGAGCCCCCAAAUCACCAAGCUCAUCUUCAUAAGUAAUGUACUGCGAAGUAUUCACUCGCAGGCUUUUGAGAAUCUGACUGAGCUGCAGGAGCUGGAGAUCAGUGGGAACCCUUGGCUGGAGCAUUUAUAUCUGGGGACUUUUUCAAAGCAGGGAAACCUGACUAAACUGCUGCUUAACUUCAACAUGUUCAAGACCGUGCUUCCUGGCAUGUUUGACUCUCUUAAAGAGCUUGAAACUCUGCAGAUGAAGGGAAACCUCAUAUCAGAUCUGCCUGCAUUCCUUCUCCUGAACCUCCACAAUCUGCGAGUCCUGGAUUUGUCCCAAAAUAAGCUUGAAGACGUAAAAAGGGAAACUUUCUCUGGCCCUGCAGGACUGGAGAUCCUGAAAAUGAACAACAACCUCAUCAGCAAUCUUACAUCUGAUACGUUCCACAAUAUCUCUCAGCUCAUAGAGCUUCACUUGGAGGGAAAUAAGAUAUCAGAACUCGUUGAACAUAUCUUCUGUGUGUUGACCAAUCUGAAGGUGCUGAACCUCCGUGGAAACCUCCUCACAACCUUCAGCGAUGAAGUGUUUGGAUUUGAUGUCUCAAAUUUGAAGGAACUGAACCUUAAAGGCAACAGAUUGACUGAGCUGUCCUCUCUGAGCAGUUUGACAUCUCUUACCGACAUUAUCUUGUCCUCUAACCAGCUCUCUGACCUUCCUGAGGGCAUAUUUAGAAAUGUUACAGCCCUGGAGAAUGUGGACCUGUCUGAAAACCAGCUCACCGUGCUGCCCGAAAAGAUCUUUAAUGAUCUAUCGAGCAUCAAAGCGAUCCACCUAAACAAGAACAACCUGAGCAAGGUGGACGCCAAACUGUUUGAGGACCAGCCACUAAUUCAGCAGCUCUACCUGUCUGACAACCAGCUGGAAACUCUCCCACUGGGCCUUUUAGACCCUUUCAUCAUCCAGCACACAGUGAGACUGCACGGGAACCCGUGGAAAUGCGACUGCCACAUGUUGUAUCUGCACGACUGGGUGCUGAGAAACGGCCGAGACGUAGAGAUGCUUGACAGGAUGCUCUGCGCAAGCCCCGGCUUUUUGAGAAGACGAGCGGUCAUGUCCAUCAACAAAGACCAGCUGGCGUGUCCGGAGUCUGAUGAUGACAUGCCUGAUCUCCGCGGCUGUAGCCUACAAGCUUCCGGUGACACUGUGAUCAUCAAUUGUAAAGUAGAUGCAUUCUCUCCACUAACAGUGAAGGUUCAGUUUCACGAGGCUGAUGGCAGCAUUACGGAGCAUAUUUUGAAAAAUGAGCCUCAGUGUAGCAAUGAGACAAUGAUCGAGAUCCCCUUUCAGUAG